AUGGAACAACUUAACCCCUCCACCUCUAAUGCCUCCUUCUGGGGUCUGGCUCCUGGCAUGGCCUUGUCUCUGUACUGCCUGCUCGGUAUCCCUGGUAACAUUUCAGUUAUAGUCGUCCUCCGUCAGAACCAAGAUCUAUCCAGUUUGAGCAGGAGACUGAUGUUGAACUUGGCUGCCUCGGACCUACUCUGCAUCCUUACCCUACCUUUGCGUAUCUACAAUCUCGUCUUCACCUGGAGCCUGGGUCUAGUGCUCUGUCAGCUCAACAUGUACUUCUUCUACUGCAGUAUCUGUACCGGUCUGCUGACUGUCACACUUCUGAGCAUCCAGCGCUACCUCCAGGUGGUGCAUUCUCACAGCUGGGCCAGACCGGGAGUGGCAAAGGAGAGGGUGCUACUGGUUGUCCUGUGGGGGGUAGCUGGGGUCCUGUCCAUUCCUUAUGGGGUGACGGUGCGGGAUGUGAAGGAUGAUAACGGAUGGGUCAGGUGCCAAUAUGAUUUUGCAUCAGAUGCUGAGCUGGUGGCUGUGUUGCUCCUGCAGACUCUCCUGUCGUUUGUAGUUCCUUUCUUCAUCAUGGCCACAGCCUAUAUGCGCCUCCAGCGAAGGGUGAACCAAACAGCUUUCUUCAGGAGCCACAGGACGACCAGAUUAGUGAGCCUUAUCGUUGGGACCUUCAUCGUUCUAUGGACUCCUCACCAUGUCAUGAAUGUGCUGGGAGUGACGGCCAUCUUGGCAAAGAAUAAGGCUCUGAGAGUGUUCUGGGAGGACAAUUGGAGGAUUGCAGGAUCUCUGGUCUUCAUCAACAGCAGCUUGGAUCCAUUCCUCUAUGCCUUUGCCUCCAGAAACAACCAGAGAGCACAGAGCAGCGACGGUCAGGUAGUGACCACGAGUAGUCACAAUCUGUAA